AGAAUACACCCCAGUUGUUGGUAAGAACGUUCCGGUUCCCAUCGAUAUCACAGCAAUAAUUUUAAAGGAUCUCGGGAGUUGACGCCGGAGGAAUUGCAGCGAGCUAGGGAAGUCUUUUAGGACCGCAGUCACAAGCCAUGUUCCAUUUUAGAGACUAGGAUAGGGUAUAUUUUAAGAGAUACCAGUUCUACAAGCCAUAAUUAAGACACUUGUUUUACGGUUAACAUAAGGCGACUGUGUUUCACAACUUUUACAGCGCAGAAUGCCUGUGAAAGGAGGCGGAAGAGUGGCUGUGUAUCCAGGCAAGGGCGAACAUGUCGGGAGCUCAGGAAUGGAGGAGACUGUUUGGGAGCAGUACACUGUGAACCUACAGAGGGACUCCAAGAUGGGGUUUGGUAUCGCUGUGUCGGGGGGGCGGGACAACCCCAACGUGGAGAAUGGAGAGAUGUCAAUCAUCGUGUCAGACGUCUUGCAGGGAGGACCAGCUGAUGGACUACUGUUUGAAAAUGACCGUGUGAUCCAAGUCAACUCCAUCCUCAUGGACAACGUGCCUCAUUCCUUCGCGGUGCAGCAGCUACGCAAAUGUGGGAAGAUCGCCAAGAUAACGGUGAAGAGACCUCGGAAGGUGGCUCUCCACUCCCUGAAACACCCGCCCUCCCCUGGUGCCGAGAGUCGAGACUUCGGCUCAACCCGCUACUACGAUGCCGAUGACAACCAGAGCGACGGGGGCUGGCAUCGUGGCAAUGGUGGUCCUGGUUACAACCGCGAGCCUCGCGACCUCACCCCCGACAACAAGAGCUACCUGGACCCCAACUACGGCAACCGGGGGAGAAGCCGGGGGAGGAGCAAAGAGAGGGCGUCGCCAAGCCCAGAGCCUCACCACGACAACAGCAGUGGGCGGGCCUUGGACCGGGAGCCGCCCAGUCCAGAGAGGCCACAGUAUCCACGGGAACGCAGUCGGGYGAGGAGCAUGGACCGGGAUAGAGGAGGAGGAAGUCCAGGUGGGAGGAGCUACAGCCGGGGAGACAGCUACGAGCGAGGAGGGGGAAGGUACGGGGAUGGGGGAGGUACCGGGGGGAGGAUGGUGAAGAGUAAGAGUAGAGACAACCUCCGUGAGCCGUCCCGUUCGCCCUCUCCUGACCUCCCCCGAGGAGGAGCUGGAGACCUGGAGCCCCUGGAGAAACCUGUUAAUGUCCUGCUGGUCAAGAACAGACCCAACGAAGAGUAUGGUCUGCGUCUGGGCAGUCAGAUAUUCAUCAAGGAGAUGACCAGUACAGGACUGGCUGCCAAGGACGGAAACCUACAGGAGGGAGACAUCAUCCUCAAGAUCAAUGGGACAGUAACAGAGAACCUGUCUCUGAACGAUGCAGGGAAGCUCAUAGAGAAGUCUAGAGGAAAACUCCAACUGGUCGUCCAGAGAGACCGCCGCCAGAUCCUCAUUCGUAUCCCGCCCCUCGUAGACUCCGACUCCGAACCUGAUGAUAUCUCAGAGAUGGAGUCCUACUCCCCACAGGAGGACCGUAGAUCUCGCCAGUCGGACCUAUCUUCCCACUCCUCCAACGAGAGAGAGAACCCCAGACCUCUAACUAGCCUGGAAGACUCUCCCAGGGUAGCCAAGAUGUCUGCCAUGGCCUCGCCCUUUAGGGUGCCCCCCCUACAGGACCCAAACGCCCCGGGCCCUGCCAUACUGACCUCAGAGGGACUGCCACGCCUCGACGAGCAACCAGCGUCAGCAAAGAUUACUCCUAAGAUUCUGCUACGCCCCAGCCCAGAGGAUGAAGAGCUCUAUGGCGCUAACACGGUGAUGGUGAGUUUCKAGAAGGGGGACAGUGUGGGUCUGAGGCUGGCAGGGGGUAACGAUGUGGGCAUCUUCAUCGCUGGCAUCCAGGAGGGUAGUCCUGCCGAGGAGGAGGGGCUACGCACAGGAGACCAAAUCAUGAAGGUGAAUAGCGUUGACUUUCGAGGCAUCGUGAGAGAAGAGGCUGUUCUGUUCCUGUUGGAGAUUCCUAAAGGAGAGGACGUCACCAUACUGGCCCAGAGUAAACCUGAUGUCUACAAUGACAUCCUGGUGUCUGGUCGUGGGGACUCGUUCUUUAUCAGGACUCAUUUUGAGUAUGAGCGGGAGGCUCCCCAGAGCCUGGCCUUCUCCAGAGGGGAGAUCUUCAAAGUGAUGGACACUCUCUACGAUGGCAAGCUGGGCAACUGGCUGGCCAUCCGCACCGGCAAGGACAAACAGCUGCUGGAGAAAGGCAUCAUCCCCAAUAAGAGCAGGGCUGAUCAGAUGGCGAGUGUACAGAACUCCCAUAAGGCUGCUGGCACAGACCGCGCCGACUUCUGGCGUCUGAGAGGUCAAAGGGCAGCCAAGAGGAAGGAGCUGAGGAAGAGCAGAGAGGAUGUCGGCGCUACGCCCAUCGCCACACGCUUCCCUGCGUACGAGAGAGUCGUGCUCAGAGAGGCUGGUUUCAGACGUCCUGUGGUUCUGUUUGGUCCUAUAGCUGAUGCAGCCAAUGACAAGCUAGCCAACGAGCUGCCUGACCUGUUUGUCAUCGCCAAAACGGAGCCUAAAGAUGCCGGGUCGGAGAAAUCCUCAGGAGUGGUGAGGCUUAACACCAUCCGCCAGAUCAURGAGCAGGACAAGCAUGCCCUGCUGGAUGUGACUCCCAAGGCGGUGGACACUCUGAACUACACCCAGUGGUACCCCAUCGUCAUCUUCUUCAACCCAGACAGUAAACCAGGGGUUAAGGCCAUGAGGCAGAGGGUGAUACCUGGGUCCAACCGCAGCGCUAGGAAACUUUAUGAACAGGCUGUCAAACUGAGGAAGACCUGCUCUCACCUAUUCACUGCUACUAUUGAUGUGAACUCGGCCAACGAUGCGUGGUAUGGCAGUGUGAAGGACUCUAUCAAGGAGCAGCAGACUCAGGCUGUAUGGGUGUCUGAGGGAAAGCUGGACGGCACGGGGACGGACCUUGAUCUCCAUGACGACCGCAUGUCAUACCUGUCAGCCAUGUCAGCCGACUACCUGAGCAUGGACAGCCGAUUGGCCAGCGACUACGAUGACACGGCGGAUGAGGGUGGUGCUUACACGGAUAACGAGCUGGACAACGAGCCGGCUGACCAACUGCACGUGUCCGCUAUCAGCCGCUCCUCUGAGCCCGUGCUGGCAGAGGAGAUCCUGCGCAGGUGUAGUCCAGAGAUCCGUGGUCGUGUCAGGAGGGUGGGCAGCAGGGAGGUGCUCAGCAGCGCCAGCCCACCCCCCGCGGUUGUACCUGACCCCCCCAAGGUAAAGCUGCUGUUCAGGGAUGAGGUAGUCCCUCCCAUAGGGUCAUACGAGCCCCCCCCCAGCCGAGGCUACGACUCCCACUCCUCCAGCCCUGCCAGCGACCCCCCUCCUCUCCCUCGCACCCUUAACUCAUUUGGCAAGGCCAAGCCACUGGCACCUCCCCCCAUCGCCAUCAAACCUUCCUAUAAUACCCAGGACACCACCCGCAGCACGGCCCCAAACACAACAGCCUUUAGGGGCCCGGAGGAGCCAGGGGAGAGCCCUGAGGACCCCAGCCUCAAGUCGUUCCUGGGGAAGAUCAAGGCCUUUGAGAAGAUGGACCACUUUGCACGCACUCAGAGGAUGCUGGAGCUGCAGGAGGCCCAGAACGCCAGGUUGGAGAUAGCUCAGAAGCACCCAGACAUCUAUGCUGUCCCUGUGAAGACCCAGAAACUGAAUCACAGCCGGCCUCAGCCUAUAGGUUCCAGCUCACGUCCUGAGCCCCAGACCCCUCCCUCCAAGCUGCCAUACUCUGAGAGUUGUGGGUUCUACCCCAGUGAAGGGGAAGAAGAAGAGUACCGACGCCAGCUGGCAGACCACACCAAGAGAGGCUACUACCAGACCAACAACCAGAAAUACCAGGACACAGAACUGUAGACUAUGCUACCAACAACCAGAAAAUACAAGGACACUGAAUGAAGUGUAGCACUACUACGCGCC